AUGGCAUCAAAAUAUAGAUAUACUCCAAUAAAAGAAGUACCCGAUAUUGUUAUUACCCCAAAUCAGUAUUAUCAAUCUAUUCCUAUUCAAUAUUAUUCUUUAAAUAAUGGUUAUCCCAAUCUUUUAGAUGGUUACUAUAACAAUAAAUAA